GCGGGCCGCCGCGGGGCAUGGCGGGAAGCGUAGUCCGGGCGCACGGCGGCGUUCUGCCCCCGAGAACUACAGUCCCCGGCGGGCCGCGGGGGGAAGGCGGUGGCGGGGUUGUUGUUGCCUGGCGUUUGCGGUAGCUGGGCUCUGUGGCGGCUGGGGAGACGCGGUGCGCACCCGGCCGGGUGGGUGCGCUCCGUCCCAGCCCCGUCGCAAGGCCCCAGUUUGCGGCUCCCGUCAGUCAGGGCCCGCUCCGGCCUUUUCCCGCUUCGCCUCUCGCCUGGCUGGGCAGGGGCUGAGACAAAUCCGCCCGGAACCGGGCCCUCCGAGGCUGCUCGCCCCGCCGAGAUCGAUCCAGAAGCGGGGCAGAAAGGCUAGCCUUUCCCGAGGCCUGGGAAUGUGCCCACAGGCAGCCGCCGGUGGGGGGAGGAGGAGGGCCGCCUCCCGCGGGGCUUACAACGUCUGCCGCCUCCUCAGCCGCAGGGCCCACGGCUUCUAUGCCAGAGAUGCUGGUGUCGCCCACAGAAUAAACCUGGGACUCCUCAGAAAGAUGAUAUGUCAGGAAAGUACUAAAUUCAAGAAUGUUUGGACAACUCAUUCUGCAUCUCCUAUUGCGUAUGAAAGAGGAAGAAUUUACUUAGAUAAUUACCAGUGCUGUAUUAGCAGCGUUGCACGAGAGCCAAGAAUACUUUAUCAAAAGCCAAAGUGUUCUAAGUCAGAAAAAAUAGAAGAUGCUUUAUUAUUGGAAUGCCCACUGGGGGAAAUGCUACCAAGUCCAUCAGACUAUAAACCUUCCCUGAUAGUCUUGACAGUGCAGAACUGGCUUCUGCGUCUCUCUGCUGAUAGUGGAGAAAUACUGGAAAAAAUAUAUCUUGCCGGUUCGUGUUGCAAAUUCAGGUAUUUGAGCUGGGAUACUCCUCAAGAGGUAAUGGUUGUAAAGUCAGCUCAGAAUAAGCUUCCUGCAGCAGCACGACAGGCAGGUAUCCAACAGUCUGUAUUGUUCUAUCUUGCUGUAUUCCAAGUUUUGCCUCUUUCAUUCAUUGGAAUGCUAGAAAUAAACAAAAAGAUAUUUGGUAAUAGUGUGACAGAUGUUGCUGUUUCUAAUGGAAUCCUGAUUGUAAUGUAUAGCACAGGGCUGGUCAGGCUCUAUAACUUCCAGGCCAUCUGUGAACAGUUCAUGGAACAGCCUUUUGAUUUGGGACAUGAAUUCAACUGGAAUGGACAAGUGGGAAUUGUAGGAAAGUAUCCAUUUGGUCUUCCAUGUAACAUUAAAAUAACAGAUACCCCACCUUUGCUAUUUGAAGCAUCUUCUCUGGAGAAUGCAUUUCAAAUUGGAGGUUACCCUUGGCAUUAUAUCAUCACACCUAACAAGAAAAAACAUAAAGGAGUCUUCCAUAUUUGUUCCCUGAAAGACAAUGCUUUGGCAAAAAAUGGCAUACAGGAUAUGCAAUGCUGUUCCCUGGAACCUGACUGGAUAUAUUUUCAUCCAGAUAUGUCAGGUAGAAUAAUCCACGUGGGACCAAAUUUGAUAAAAGUCUUGAAGCUUAAGGAAGUUAAAAAUAACACAGAUCAAGUGGAAGUUGCAGAAGAUUUUACGAUUAUGGCCAACAGAGAAAACUGUGUGAACAACGCUGUUACUGUAACAGCUUCUGGUCGAGUGGUAAAAAAGCGUUUUAACUUGCUGGAUGAUGACCCAGAGCAAGAGGUAACUGAUGUAACAUUCAAAAUUGUGGACUAUGAAGAUGAACUGGAUUUGUUAUCCACUGUGGCAGUUACUGAAAUAGGAGCUGAUGGAAAAGCACACCUUGACUUUCGUUGUAAUGACCAUGGGAUUCUACUGAAGAGUAUUCCAUUACUGGAGUCCUGGGAUGUGACAUACAGUCAUGAAGUUUACUUUGACAAAGACCUGGUAUUACAUAUAGAACAGAAGCCUAACAGGAGGUUCAGUUGUUACGUUUACCAAAUGGUCUGUGAUACUGCAAAAGACGAUGAACGUUCAAGCCAUGAAAAAGCAGAAAGAGUGUUUCGUAAAAAAGGAGGGAGGCUUUUUGAAUAUAUUUAAGACAUAAACAACAACUGCAGAGACUUACAUUUGGAUGUUAUUUAAGGACUUCAUACACAGGAAUUAGCUACGGUUUUUCAGGCAGGAUUUAUUUUGUACUACCACAUGAGGUUUUAUUUCUUUUUUCUCUGUAACAUUGUACAUUUGUCCAUAGUUGAUUGUGGCUUUUCAUGUAUUUGCCAGUUCGUCAUUAAUGCUAGAUGCAGUAUUUCUUGCUUCUCUUCAGCAAUUGGACUGAAAUAUUGGACAUCAAGGAGAAAGAUGUGGACUUAGUGAUCACCUACCACCUGCUGCGGUCUGUCUUACGUAGUUCUACCUGUGCGACUUUAAUACAGACUGUUAAUUAAACAAAGUGUGUAAAACUGUGUAUAGGAUAAAUUUUAUAUGUAGUAUGAAAAUGGCGGAGUUACAUUUCAGCCACUUAGACCAAAUCCUUCUGUUGGUUUUGUGUGAGAUGUAAAAUCACUCAGGUUUUCUGGUUGUGCUUGUUUUGGUUUAAAGGGAACUAUUAAUAAAUUAUGUAU